AUGAGACCAUUGACAGAAGAAGAGACUUCAUUGGUAUUUGCCAAACUUGCAUCUUUCAUUGGAGAUAAUGUUUCAAUGCUCAUCGACAGAAACGAUGGAGAUUACUGUUUUAGAAAUCAUAAGGUUAGAAUAUUUAUCCGUAAUCUCAAUGACAAUUAUAUUUUUUAGGAACGUGUUUAUUACUGUUCCGAGAAUCUGAUGAGACAAGCUGCGUGUAUUGCUCGUGAACCACUUUUGUCAUUCGGAACAUGUCUUGGAAAAUUCACCAAAACCAAGAAAUUCCAUUUACAAAUUACUGCACUUGAUUAUUUGGCACCGUAUGCAAAGGUUAGUAUUUUUCUAUUUAUUUAUCCAAACAAAAAAUAAUUGUGAAUUUUUUCCAGUACAAGGUUUGGCUGAAACCAAAUGCUGAGCAACAGUUUUUGUAUGGAAACAAUAUUUUGAAAUCUGGAAUUGGUAGAAUGACUGAAGGCACACCAACACAUGCUGGAAUUGUUGUAUAUUCGAUGACUGAUGUACCACUCGGGUAAGACUUUUUUUUUAAUGUUUCAAAAAUAAUUUUUUUUUUGAAGAUUUGGAGUUUCUGCUAAAGGAACAGCUGACAGUAAAAGAGCAGAUCCAACCGCUCUCGUCGUUUUGCAUCAAUGUGAUUUGGGAGAAUAUCUGAGAAACGAAGCCCAUCUUAAUUAA